AUUUUACAUAUAUUUCAAAAUGGCCGAGCUUCUAUUGGAUUCCCAAAUCAGAAUCUGGGUAUUUUUACCCAUUGUUGUCAUAACAUUUCUUGUAGGUGUCAUUAGACAUUAUGUUACUAUAUUGAUGUCAUCAGAAAAAUCAGUUGAUUUGAGACAAAUAGGCGAUAGUCAAGUAUUUCUACGAAGUAGAGCAUUAAGAGAAAAUGGAAAAUAUUUGCCAAAGGUGGCCUUUCUCAUGCGAAAAGGAUUUAUGAACAAUCAGGAAAAAGGGGUUUUAACAACAGGUAAAAAAAGAGAACCAACAUCUGCCAAAAAUCCAAUGACAGAUCCAAGCAUGAUGACUGACAUGCUGAAAGGAAAUAUGACAAACGUUUUACCAAUGAUAUUGAUAGGAGGUUGGAUUAAUUGGGCUUUCUCUGGAUUUCUUACAACAAAAGCUCCGUUUCCCCUUACCCUACGAUUUAAGCCUAUGCUUCAAAGGGGAAUAGAAUUAGGUUCUCUAGACGCUUCUUGGGUUUCAUCAGCAUCUUGGUACUUUCUUAAUGUGUUUGGGUUACGAAGCGUUUAUACUCUUGUUUUAGGCCAAGAUAAUGCAGCUGAUCAAACAAGAGCUAUGCAAGACCAGAUGACUGGCCAGGCAAUGGGUGUUCCUUCCGACCCAAGUAAAGCUUUCAAAGCCGAAUGGGAAGCAUUAGAAGUAACCGAACACGAAUGGGCGCUGGAAGACGUUGAAUCUUCUUUAGUCAAAUAG